AUGCUGCCAAUAAACCAAUUUUAUUAUUUGUCGAAACUCUUCGGACUGGCUCCAUUUCCUCUGGAUGGAAAUAUCGCAUCGGAUGGAGCACGUUUCAGCGCACACCGAGAGCUGCUGCCGGCAUGUAUCGCAAUGCUGCUGUACACUUCUACUCUGGUGAGCAUCCUGUGGAAUAGCGGUAUUGAUUCCACCAUCUCCAAUACCGCCAACUGGAUACAGUUUAUUCCGAAUUCGUACGCGUACCUUUUUGCAAUAGUUUUUGCCAUCCGUAAGCGUGCGGUGAUUAGCGAUAUCCUGUACACGUUCGAUUUGUAUGAUGAACGAUUGCAUUCACAGUUUGGAAUUAGUCAUACCGAUAUUAAGAGGAAAGUGAAAUGGGUAUCACUUAUGGCAUGCCUUGUGACACUCACCAGCGGCGGUGCUGUGAGCGGCUUGAAUUUUAUGAUUGGCGUUAAUUGGGACCGCAUUUGGACGCUAUUCUACUGGAUGGCGUUCUGCAUUCCGAAGUUCGGUUUACUAUUAUACACCUUCCAGUUUGCUGGAUCCAUAAUGCUGCUGUCAAAUCGAACUGUUCUGCUGCAAAUCGGAAUAGAUAAUUAUCUCAACGAAACUAAUCAGCAGCAGCUGAGGAAAUCCAGCCUAAGCCACUCACUGUGCAGCCAAGAACCUCCCAGCUACGGGAAGCACAUCCACACCGUCAGCAUCAAGGUUAAGCCUUUCUAUACCAUAUCGGAUACCGUGGACAAUAUUUACCAAAUGGUGGAGCACCUGCAGCAGCUGGCGGUCAAGAUUAACGAUUCUUUCGGCAAGCAGGCCGUAUUUUCGCUCCUCUCAGCGUUCAUCUGCAUUACGGUGCAGCUGUACUAUCUGCUGAAUCAAAUUCGGGCCGGGUUUGUCAUUCCCGGAGCGGCUGUUUUCUGUCUGGCCGCCAGCAGCUUGCUGUUGCUGCACGGGAUCGAGUUCUACGCACUGUUCACCAACGGCGAUCUGGCCCGGAACCACUGGCGUCAGCUGAUGAACUAUCUGUUCGUGGUCAAGGCCAAAUCCAGCGAUGAAAACUUUCGGGCUAAGAUGGAUGAAUUGAUUGGGUUUAUGAGCUGCAAUAGUCCGGAAUUCCGCGCGUUCGGCCUUUUUCCCAUCGAUUUGUCGGUUCUUACUGGAAUGGCUUCAUCGAUUGCCACCUAUCUCAUCGUUUUGGUACAGUUCAAAAUGUCCGAGGAGGAUGGACAGCCUUUUGGAACCGCAGAGAUUACCAGACAUUACAAUCCAAUGAUAGGUUAA